AUGGCCGGACACGGUUGUCGCGCCGCAACAUGUGCGUGCUUGCUCUUCAGUUGGAAUCUAGUCAUGAUAUUGAUUCCUGUUCCCGUCCUCCUUGAUUCCAUUAGCACUGGCCACACCUGGGAUCCCAGAGUUUUGCACAACAUGUCUGAGGCGCCACUUGAUUGCACACGCAUACUGCUCACCGACAUUGUGCCCAAUGCAUCCAUAGCUGGUGAAUGCCAGCAAUGGUGUCAUGAGAGCAUAGGUCCCAGGAGUCAUAUUGAAUAUUUUCUGGUGGCCCCUUUCAUUGGGUGGACUUUGGCCACCACUCGUGGGGCCGAGACAUUCACCAUCUUCAUGUGCUGGAAAGUGGAGACGGCUUCGUUUGGGCUUUGGUUUUGGCCUUCUGCUGGGUGCGCUUACAUGGCUGCGUUCGUUUAUGGCUCUGCGAGUUUCAUGUUGCUCGUCUACUCCUGGAAGGACACCCCCAAAGAGCUUUGCAGCCUUGGUCCAAAGCAGGACGGCCUCCAGCAGAACGGGCCCUUCGCCACAGGGCGCUGCAAGGCACCUCUCUGCUGCAUCUCAGUCAGCUCGGACCGCGAAGCCUCCGAAUGGGACCUGUGCUUCUCAGCGGUCCUCCUGUCCUUGGAGCCAACCCUGGAUGCGCUGUCCAUCAUUACCUUCCUGAGAUGCGGACAGAUCUUCUAUGCGGCACUAGCAAUGUUGGGCGUGACGCUGGCAAGUGCUGAAAGGCUUGACCUUCUCCAGACCACUGGUGCUAAAGUCAUGGCUCAGAGCCUUGCCCAAGGCUUUGCAACGCGCGGUUUGCAUGACCACAAAGCAUCAGAGUUGUUUGAGAGCGUUGUAGUUACCGUGAUACAGUGCAAUGCGCUGCUCCGGGCAGAUCCCUUAGAAUCAGCGCCGAGCUUUGUAAUCAACCUUUUGGCAGGUGUCAGCAUUAGCUUGUUCAUUACUAUGCCGGAACAAAGCAGAUCGUGGAUAUUGACCACUUACGAGGAAGCUCCCUUGUUUCAGGACUUCUACGCAUUGGAGAGGACGAAGGCCAAGAUGAACAUAGUGCCAAGAUAUGUGUGCUCGUUGAUGUGUGUAAUUGCUGCAGCAUUUUGGAUUCUGGCAUCACCCGGCGCAUGGUUGGCGUUGCUCACACAAGAGCAUGAGUGGACAAAGCCCUCUGGGGCAUUGCUCGCCAGCUGCUGGUCCCUUGUGCUGUUCAAGAUGGCUGUCGUCCUUACAACAGGACUUUGGUGCAUUGUGAUGUGUGUGGGGGGUUUGGUUAUGCAGAUCUGUGACUGCCUCAGCGUUUGCUGGCCCUCCGCGUAUGCUCCUCUUCCGCCACGAGAAGCGCACUUGGCUGUACACAAUCCAUGA